AUGGGUGCUUCUGGUGCUGGUAAGACCACUUUGUUAAAUGCUUUGUCUGAUAGAUUAACGUCUGGUGUCAUUACGUCUGGGGUCCGUAUGGUCAAUGGUCAUGAAUUAGAUGCUUCUUUUCAAAGAUCAAUUGGNUAUGUCCAACAGCAGGAUUUGCAUCUUCAAACUUCUACUGUACGUGAAGCAUUAAAAUUUUCUGCGUACUUAAGACAACCUAAAUCGGUACCAAAAUCCGAAAAAGAUUCAUAUGUUGAUUAUAUUAUUCGCUUGUUAGAAAUGGAAAAGUAUUCCGAUGCUGUCGUGGGAGUGUCUGGUGAAGGGUUGAAUGUUGAACAAAGAAAGAGAUUAACUAUUGGUGUUGAAUUGGUUGCAAAACCAAAAUUGUUGGUUUUCCUUGANGAACCUACUUCAGGUUUAGAUUCCCAAACAGCUUGGUCUAUUUGUAAGUUAAUUCGUAAAUUAGCGGACCAUGGGCAAGCUAUUUUAUGUACUAUUCACCAACCAUCUGCUAUUUUGUUGAAAGAAUUUGACAGACUAUUGUUUUUGCAAAGGGGUGGUAAAACAGUCUAUUUCGGAGAUCUUGGUGAUAACUGUCAAACCUUGAUCGAUUACUUUGAAAAGUACGGAGCACCAAAAUGUCCACCAGACGCAAAUCCAGCAGAGUGGAUGUUAGAAGUUAUCGGUGCUGCACCAGGAAGUCAUGCUAAUCAAGACUAUUAUGAUGUCUGGAUGAAUUCUACUGAGUAUAAGGCAGUAGGAGAGGAAUUGAAUGUAAUGGAACAAGAAUUGGUGAAGAGGCCAAAGGAUGAUUCACCUGAGAGUUUGAAGACAUUUGCAGUACCUAUCUGGGAACAGUAUUUAGCUGUUACGCAGAGAGUUCUCCAGCAAUAUUGGAGAACGCCUUCAUAUACUUAUUCAAAAGUGUUAAUGUCAAUUUUCUCGUCUUUAUUCAAUGGAUUCGCUUUCUUUAAAGUAAACAAAACUAUGCAAGGAUUACAAAAUCAAAUGUUUUCUGUCUUCAUGUUUUUCGUUAUUUUCAAUACUUUAACUCAGCAAUAUUUACCCAACUAUGUUUAUCAGAGGGAUUUAUACGAAGUUAGGGAAAGGCCAUCAAGAACUUUUUCGUGGAUAGCCUUUAUUACAGCUCAAAUAACGGCUGAGAUUCCAUGGCAGAUUUUUACAGGAACCCUUGCUUUCUUCUGUUGGUACUAUCCUAUUGGUCUUUAUGGGAAUGCAGAACCUACUGAUACCGUAAACCAAAGAGGUGCCUUAAUGUGGAUUAUUAUUGUUUUGUUCUUUAUUUAUUGUUCUACAAUGGCUCAGUUAUGUAUCUCGUUUAUGGAGAUAGCCGAUAAUGCAGCGAAUUUGGCGUCUUUACUAUUCACAAUGUGUUUAACAUUCUGUGGUGUUUUAGCAACCCCAGAAGCAAUGCCAGGCUUUUGGAUUUUCAUGUACAGAUGUAAUCCUUUUUCGUAUUUGGUAUCAGCAAUCUUAUCCGUUGCUCUUCAAGAUUCUGAUGUUACAUGCUCAGACAAAGAGUUACUUAAGUUCAAACCAGAAGGUGGCCAAACCUGUGGUGAAUACAUGCAAGCAUACAUACAGAAUGCAGGUGGCUAUUUGGUCAGCAACGAUACUACAGGAAGUUGCGAAUAUUGUACCAUUGCUUCCACAAACGUAUUUUUAGAAAGCGUCAGUGUUGAUAAAACCAAGAGAAGCCGUGAUAUUGGAAUCUUCUUUUGUUUUAUCGUUAUCAAUAUGAUAGGUACAGUAUUUUUCUACUGGCUUGCUAGAGUACCAAAGCGCAGUAGACAAAAAUAA